CACCUCUGUGCACGUCAAUACCGUCCAGAAACUGAGCUAGGGAGGCGUGCGAUCAAACCUGUUUGGUGAUUUCGAGGGGGGGGGGGUGUGUGUCUUCCUAUAAGGCUUUGCACGUAUGUUCCCAGAGGCAGGAGCAGGGUUGUGGGUGGAUAGGAGAGAGGCCGCCUCGCAACCCGGGGUGGAGGGUGCUGGGGAGUGGGGGGGAGCUCUCCGGAUUGCACCCCGUCCUCCAGCCCCUGUCCCCCGCUUCCUGCGCCCGCGCCCCUCCCCCGGCCCGGCCGGCUGGUAUGUCCCGGCGGCCGGGCUGUAACUCGAGCUCUGAUUUCCUGGUGGCUCCUUUAAGAGGCAGAGCUCAGUGCUGGGAAUUCACGUCAGUUUCUGCCCUGAAACUCUCCAGAUCAAUGAGCCGGGAGGCUGCUCCGCGCCGCCUUUCAGUUUCUCUCUUCCAGGAAGGAAAACAUUCGAGCGAGAGCAAGCGGCGGGAGGCGGGGGGCGGGCGCGCCGGCCGGGUGGGAGGAGAGAGCGGGAGGCCGGCCGGGCUGCGCCCCGGGCCGCGCGCCGCGACCUGCAGACCCCGCCGCCGCAGCCGCGCUGAGCCCGGCUCCCACGCCCCCGGCCCGGCGCCCCGCGCCCCGCGCCCCGCGCUCCCCGCUCCGCGCUGCCUCCCGGGGGCCGCCGCCCGCGAUGCUGGAAGAAACUUCUUAAAUGACUGCGUCCGGCCCGGCCGUGGAGCGUCUCGGGGUUUGGGGAGAGGAAAGGAAAGUGGAAAAAAAAAAAAAGAAACAACAACAACAAACCCCCCAAAACCUAAAAAACUGAGAACUUCCUGAUCUCGCUCGCUGUGAGACAUGUCUGAGACUCCUGCUCAGUGUAGCAUUAAGCAGGAACGGAUUUCAUACACACCGCCGGAGAGCCCGGUGCUCAGCUACGCCCCCUCCACUCCGAUUCAUGUUCCAGUACCCCGACUCAGGAUGGAGGAAGAUUCGAUCCGCCUGCCGGCGCACCUGCGCUUGCAGCCAGUUUACUGGAGCAGGGAUGACGUAGCCCAGUGGCUCAAGUGGGCUGAAAGUGAGUUUUCUCUGAGGCCCAUUGACAGCAACACGUUCGAGAUGAACGGCAAGGCUCUCCUGCUGCUGACCAAAGAGGACUUCCGCUACCGGUCACCUCACUCAGGUGAUGUGCUCUAUGAACUCCUUCAGCAUAUUCUGAAGCAGAGGAAACCUCGGAUUCUUUUUUCACCGUUCUUCCACCCUGGAAACUCUAUCCACACACAGCCGGAAGUCAUGCUGCAUCAGAACCAUGAAGAAGAUAACUGUGUGCAACGGCCCCCAAGGCCGUCGGAGACUGUGCACCACAAUCCUCCCACCAUUGAACUCUUGCACCGCUCCCGGUCACCUAUUACCACCAACCACCGGCCAUCACCUGACCCUGAGCCUCGGCCCCUUCGCUCCCCCCUGGACAACAUGAUCCGCCGCCUCUCCCCAGCCGAGCGGGCCCCAGGGCCCCGGCUCCACCAGGACAACAACCACCAGGAGCCCUACCCCCUGUCCGUGUCUCCCAUGGAGAACAACCACUGCCCGCCGCCACCCACAGACCCCCACCCCAAGCCGUCCAGCCCCCCACGGCAGGAGAGCACCCGAGUCAUCCAGCUGAUGCCCAGCCCCAUCAUGCACCCACUCAUCCUCAAUCCCCGCCACUCCGUGGAGUUCAAACAGUCACGCCUCUCGGCAACGGAGGACGGGCUGCACCGGGAGGGCAAGCCCAUCAACCUCUCACACCGGGAGGACCUGGCCUACAUGAACCACAUCAUGGUCUCUGUGUCGCCACCUGAGGAGCAUGCCAUGCCCAUCGGGAGGAUAGCAGACUGCAGGCUGCUGUGGGACUACGUCUAUCAGCUGCUCUCUGACAGCCGGUACGAAAACUUCAUCCGAUGGGAGGACAAAGAAGCCAAAAUAUUCCGGAUAGUGGACCCCAAUGGCCUGGCUCGGCUAUGGGGAAACCACAAGAACAGAACAAACAUGACCUACGAGAAAAUGUCCAGAGCCCUGCGCCACUACUACAAACUCAACAUUAUCCGGAAGGAGCCAGGACAAAGGCUUCUUUUCAGGUUUAUGAAGACCCCGGAUGAGAUUAUGAGUGGCCGGACAGACCGUCUGGAGCACCUGGAGUCCCAGGAGCUGGACGAGCAGAUCUACCAGGAGGACGAGUGCUAAAGGCACCCAGCCACCACCUCGGCCAGCAGGGAGCAGGCAGGACACUGGACACCACAAGAGGGCCGCUUCCCCUGCAUCCCAGAAGGACCCUAGAGCACCUUAGACACCCCGCCUGGCCUGGUGGGGCUGGCCUUCCUCCCAGCCCCCCGGUCUGAGCCCAGGACUUGGCCGUCUCCUCCUGUGCUCCCCUCCCCUCUGCUCCCUACUCAGCCUCCUGGUGGGUCUGCUGUUUGACUUUUCACCAUCCACUGGGGGUGGGAAGGAGACGGCAGAGCUGGUUUUCCUAUGGAAACGGCCACCCACUUCACAUGUACCUGUUGUCUGCAGCCCCCACUGGGCAGGAAAAAAAGGGGGGCCACUUGCAAAAGACUUUGGGUUCUUUAUCCUGCUCCAUUCAUCAGGUUUCUGUUCUGUUGUUGUUGGAGUCUGGGUGGGGAAAGAAAAAAAAAAAAAAGAUGCUUUUAAUCAAAAAAAAAAAAAAAGAUACAGUGAACCAGAGAGCUCUGUCCUCCCUCUCGCCCCUCUCUCCCUGCCCAGUGGCCCAGAAGCCUAGAGAAAGAAGAGCCAGUGGCAACACACACACGCAGACCAGCAAGAGGUAGAGGGUCUUCUGCAGCAGGGGGCACUUUCCCAAAACAAGGUCCUGGAGCUGGGGCGAAUGGGGGCCCUCCUGGGGGUUUGCUUGGUGCCCUACCUCCAGUUCCAUGGUCACUAGGACCCAGGGCCUUUGAGGAGUGACUUUGGAGUCCAUCUUAGCAGACAGGAAAAUCCCUCAGACCCCUGACCCUUCCUCCCCACUUUGCUGCAUUACAGAACGCACCAGGAUUUUAUGGCUCUAUUUUUUUUUUUUAACUUCAAAAAAAAAAGGUUAAAUCUUGUAUAAAGAGAGGCAUGCCACCCUUGAGUCCUUUGGGUGAUAACAGAUAAUUUGAAAGGCCUAUUUUGACUUUUUUUUUUUUUGCCCCCUUUCCUCACCCUCCCACUUGACUCUAGCAGAGCUCUGGAGUGCAGUCUGUUUUUAAUUCAGAAGCUUAGUUAGCUGGCAUUAGAGAGCAGCAGCCUCCCCACCCCCCACACCCUUCCCAUCUGGCACUGCCGAGGGGAGAUGGGACAGACAGCAUGAAUAAGUUCACGACACUGGAUGUGAGUGGCUCCAAGCUGCCAUUUUGGGUUCUGAGGUCCUCAGUAUGAACGUGAAAUCAGAGGGAGGGCAGCGGCUUUCAGUCCACUCCCCUGGAGGCAAGGACUGGUGUUCUCAUGCUGAACCAGGAGGGAAAUAUACCUCCCCACAAGGGCUCUGCAUCCAAAGCCCAUGGAUAAGCCACCUGCAGAAGGCAGGUCUAACAGGGGCCUAGUCCCAGCACUUUCUCUCACACUUCACCACCUCUGCUCCACAUCACCUGUUCUUGAACAUAAAGCCUGGACCAGGCUGAUCCCAUUGGCCCCCAGAGAGCCCAAUUCCAUCUCCCUCACCUGCCAGGUGCUGGGAGGGGCUGGGGCUGAGUCCCCGGUACCCUGGUCUCUGGACUUCCAGCACUGGAGCUCACAAGUGGCUUGCUCCCAUGGCAAUGCAGCCUUGGCGAUGUGGCAAAUCUUUGGCUUUUUUUUUUUUUUUUUUUUUUUUGCAAGGGGGACCAGAGAGGAGGGGUUCUCCUCAGAUCCACUGUCUUCACCUUGGACAAGUGAGGAUCAUUGCAGAGUGUUACUGCCUGAAAGCAUUCUGGAAUACCCCGCCCCACCGGUGCCACCAAUUUUAUUUUGCAAAAGGGGAAGCUGAUUACAGAGAGGUGAUGGUCAUCGGCAGGAAUGAGACACAUCCCAGACACCCCCCACCCCACCCCACACACACACCCAGGAAGCAAAGUGGGAGAGAAGAAACUUGGGAAAGAUCUGCAGGGAGCAAAGGCAGCUCUAUCUGACAGUCCUUGGUGCUAGGCUCACUCUCAGUUGCGCUUCUGAGCUGAAAACAAGAGGAAGGGGGGGGGGCGCAAAGACGAAAGAGGGGCCCCCAAAUAUCCUUACCCAGAUCAAAACAGGAUACACGUACCUGAUACCAAGGUGCCCCUGUCUGCAUCAACACUAAACAUCCCCAGACCCCACUCCAGCACAAAUUUCCCAGCGCCCUCUCACAUGCCAGCCAACCCUGCUCUCUCCCUCUCUUUUUCUCACCCCCUGAAAGCCAGAAUGAAUCUAGAAAUUUUUUUUCAGUUUUUUUAAUUUCUAAUGUCUUGUUUAUGAGGUGUGGGGUUUAUAAGGGAUUGAAUCAAAUGAAUGUAACAAAGAAAAAAAAAAACAAAAAAAUGCCUUCUCUCAGGGCCAGUGAGUUGCAAAUAAUUUUUAAAGAAAAAGCCUAUAAUUGCAUCAUCUCAAUAAAUUUUUUAUAAAAAACAAAAA